UUAACAUAUAUUUUCUCUAAAAUCUUCUUCAAAAAGGAAAAAUAUUUGUACAGAAGAUAAAAGCUGCAAUCUUUUUCCACUAUGGUGGACUUGUUUGCAAAGCAGGGGAUUUCACACUGCAUCUGCAACUGAAAGAUGUGGUUUUGUUUGUAUAAGCCCGAGUUCAGUGUUGGUCUUUUUGCUUCUUGGGUUAUGAGUUUUCAAAGCCUAAAUCUUUAUCUCAUUUAUUCAGCUACCUAGUGGUGUUUUGGCUCUCCUCUAGAUCUGUGAGGAGGUCGUCAUGCACUUAAUCAAACAACCCCUUGAUACACAUGCAGUGAUUUGGACUCUGUUCAUCUUAUGCCUUCCUCCUCCUGGGUUUUGAUUCUUUUAUUGGCAGACUAGAUGGAAGUGGGAACUGAUUUUCGGCAUUGGGACGAAUUAAUACCAGAUGCAUUGGGUCUGAUUUUCAGCAACCUUACUCUCCAGGAUAUACUAACAGUGAUCCCAAGGGUUUGCCAAUCCUGGAGCAAGGUAGCGAUGGGGCCUUACUGUUGGCAAGAGAUAGACAUUGAGGAAUGGAGUAAUAGAUGCCAGCCUCAGCACCUUGAUCGUAUGCUUCAAAUGCUGAUUGCAAGAAGUUGUGGAUCGCUCCGAAAGCUCUGUGUUUCUGGCCUCCAAAAUGACAUGAUGUUCUCCUACAUCACUGAACAUGCUGGUUCUCUUCAGACCUUGAGACUGCCAAGAAGUGAAAUAGGUGAUUCAAUAGUAGAACAGACAGCUGGAAGGCUUUCUACUAUCACUUUCUUGGAUCUUAGCUACUGUGGCAAAAUUGGUUCUCGGGCUUUAGAGGCAAUCGGAAAGAACUGUAAAUUGCUCGUGGGGUUGUGCCGGAACAUGCACCCAUUGGAUACAGCAGGCAAGCCUUUGAUGGAUGAGGAGGCUCAUGCCAUUGCCACCACAAUGCCUAGGCUGAAGCACCUUGAGAUGGCAUACCAUCUUAUCAGCACAAAAAGCGCUCUUCAAAUACUCUCAAACUGCACCGAGCUCGAGUUUUUGGAUUUGAGAGGGUGUUGGGAUGUUCAACUUGAGGACAAGUUCCUCAAGGAAAAGUACCCAAAAUUGAAGGUUUUAGGGCCUCUUAUUCUGGACUACUAUGAGAGGAAUGAGUGGGAAGAUUGCUCCGAUUUCUCAGAUGCUUCUGAGUAUUUGGCCUGGGAAUUUGUGGCUGGUGAAUUGGAGGAUUACUAUGAUGAUGAUGAUGAUGUGAGUUAUGAUGGAAUGUGGGAUGAUGAGGGAAGGCUGGAGGAGCUUGAGCUGAGGUUCUAUGAAGGAAUUGAUCAGAAUGGGGAUGCAGUGUAUGGAGGGCAUGGUUGGCCUCCAUCUCCUUAAUAAAGUUGUGUUUUUUCUAAUUUUUCAAACUGUUUGCUUUCUCUGUUUUCUAGCAUUUCCUAGAUGCUUCUGUGUUGAACUUACUAUAUCUUUUUAUGGAUAUAUAUAUAAUCUGUUAAUGGAAAAUGAAAAAGCAUGGUUUGUUUAGUCUCA